AUGUCGACUUUAAAACCAUUGCAAUGUUUGAAUCUUGACAAAUCGCAACAGAAAGCAUUUAUUGAGUACUACGGGUUGCUGGGAGAGAAACCCGCUACCACCGUAAGAAUAUUUGACCGGUCAGACUACUACAGCUGCCAUGGUGUAGAUGCGUCCUUUGUCGCUAAGUUAUUGUUCAAGUCUGCGAAUGGAGUGAAAAUAAUGGAAGUAGAUGGUCUUGAACUUCCCUAUAUAACAUUAAGCAAAAACAACUGCGAAGGUCUUAUACGCGAGUUACUACUUGUGCGAAAUUAUCGCGUUGAAGUUUAUGCAAAAUCAUCAAAAAAAAAGUUAGAUAAUAAUUGGUCCAUCGAGUACAAAGGAUCACCAGGAAAUGUGGCCCAUUUUGAAGAUAUUUUGUUUAAUAACAACAACGAAAUGAUAAAUACAACCGGACUGAUUGCAUUACAUGUUCGACAAGAUGCAAAACAACGAACGGUGGGGCUGGGAUUUAUUGACGUGGACGAAAGACGCAUGGCCUUAAUCGAAUUCGUCGAUGAUGAUUUCUACACGGAAUUGGAGGCUCUAAUAGUUCAGUUGGGUCCUAAAGAAUGUUUACUACCAAACAUCUCCCCAGAGUAUGAACGAAUUGAACAAGUAAUGAAACGAAACAAUGUUAAAAUAGAAAUUAGAAAGAAGAAAGAGUUUGCCCUUGAUAAAGCUGCUAUAAUCGAUGAUUUGAACAAGCUGCUUCGCUUCCGUGAGGGACAGCAGCAAAACGCCAACACAAUUCCAGAGGCAUCAAAUGUGGUGGCUUUGUUGGCUCUCGGUGCAGCUUUAAACUACCUUGAACUGACGCAGCAUAUAGGCAAUCAGGGACAAUUCCUAUUGAAUUCACUCGAUUCAAAACGUUACGUGCAUUUAGACGGUGCAGCAGUAUCAGCACUAAAUCUUUUUCCACAGCCGGGCACAUCUAUCUACUCAAAUUCAUACCGGUGGCAAAGCGUGUUGGGUGUUUUAGACCGUUGUCGUACGCCACAAGGUCAUCGUAUGAUGGCUCAGUGGAUCAAACAGCCACUUCGGGAUUAUGAGAUGAUAAAAGAUCGCCAUGACAUUGUUGAAUAUUUCUACAAUGAUCCGACGGUACGCUCAGAACUUCAUGAUAAUCAUAUGAAAAAAUUGCCCGACAUAUUGCUCUUGCUUAAGAGACUGUUGCGUAGAAAGGCGUCUCUGCAGGAUAUUUUCCGAUUGUACCAGGUGAUUCUUCGUGUGCCUAAAAUAUUGUCUAUAUUGGAUACGACGUCGGAAAUGAAUAGCUUUGCCAUACGCGACAAUAUCUUUAAUCCCAUCAAAGAUUGUAUAAGUGAUCUUAAGCUGUUCAAAUCGAUGGUCGAGCAAAUUAUCGAUUUGGAUGCAAUUGAAAGAGGCGAAUAUUUAGUAAAAGCUACGUUUGAUACCCAGCUUCAUGAACGGAAAUUGGAGAUGGAUAAAGUUUAUUCUAAAAUGGAACGUCAUUUGUCAGCAGUUGCGCAUGAUAUUGGAUUAGAGGCUGGAACUUCGAUAAAACUAGAAUUUGUAAGUCAUCAUGGAUAUCAUUUUCGUAUUACCCUGAAGGAUGAAACAGUGAUACGGAAAAAUAAUUCCUAUCGUAUCCUGGAUGCUAUCAAGGGUGGUGUUCGUUUUACUUCGGAUAAAUUACACGAGUACAGCGAAUCGUUUGCUGCAAUCAAGAAAGACUAUGAAGAACAACAACAAACUAUAGUUUCGGAGGUGAUUCGUGUAGCUGUAGGAUAUGUGGAACCGUGGACACUACUCAACAGUCAGAUAGCAUAUUUAGAUUGUUUAGUAAGCUUUGCUGUUAGCGCAGCAUCUGCGCCGAUUCCAUACAUAAGACCCACAAUCCAUCGAGAUGGACCCAGUGUUUUGAAGCUGUCUCAGGUACGGCAUCCUUGCCUAGAGUUGCAAGAAGAUGUAAGCUACAUCGCUAACGAUGCGAUAUUCGACGACGGAAAAGCGUCAAUGUAUAUUAUUACUGGUCCUAAUAUGGGAGGAAAGAGUACUUACAUAAGAUCGGUUGGGGUUGCUGUGCUAAUGGCACAUGUGGGCGCAUUUGUGCCUUGCGCUAGUGCCGAAAUAUCGAUUGUUGAUUCCAUCCUAGGGCGCGUUGGAGCGGAUGAUAAUUUCUCAAAGGGACUUAGCACUUUUAUGGUGGAGAUGAUCGAAACAGCUGAUAUUAUCCGAAGAGCAACAAAUAGGUCUUUGGUAAUCAUCGAUGAACUGGGACGUGGUACAUCUACUUACGAGGGUUGUGGUAUUGCAUGGUCGAUUGCAGAGUGGCUGGCGAAAGAAAGCUAUUGUUUUUGUCUGUUUGCAACCCACUUUCAAGAGAUAACAGACUUAGCUACGUAUGUACCUAAUGUAGCAAAUUUGCACAUGGAGGCUAUCGUUGAUGGUGAGCGUUUAACUUUGUUGUACCAGGUCAAACCGGGAGUAAUGGAAAAGAGUUUCGGCAUACAAGUUGCAAAAUUAGCUAAUUUUCCGCCGAUUGUCAUCGAGAUGGCUGAAAAGUUUUACAACGAAUGCGAAGAUCAUCGAGGAACGUUGAAGGAGAAAGAAGACUCGCAUGGAUUAGCAGUGCUAAAAACAUGUUUUGAUGAAAUUGAUCAGUUUGAUGCCAAUUGCGAUGCUUUUGCUUUAUCUUCGGACUCUGUACAACAAGUACAAUCCCUGUUUGAUUAUGUAAAAUAAACAUUCUUGAUUAUUAUUUCAAAGAGAUCAAAAAGAAAAGGGAGAAAAUCAUAAUCAAUGGGUACAUCUCUCAAAUCAAAUGUAUUUUGUAUUCGAAUGUAUUCGUUA